AGCACCUUGGGGCUCAAGAACUCCGCUUCUUCGCAUCCACGCAGCGCGCGUAUUCGCGCCCAUGGCACAGAUCACCAACCUCCCGAUGACCAGCACCAACGCGCCUGCACCGCUCUCCCCGAAGGCCGAGGGCUACGCCAACGACUACACGGCAGAGCCCAUGAAGAUCGUCUCUUCUUUGGAGACAUCACCAGGCAGCAAGUUGAGGGCGACCGCGCCAGUUUUUCUACCCAAGCAGUUUCAAGUGGAAUGCGAGAAGAAGCUCUACACCGAGGAGGAUGACUUGGCUUCGCCCACCAGCAAGGAUCCUGGAAGCCCUUCCUCGGUCAUGAGCCGCACCGGGACACGAGUCCAUUUCCCACCAGGCCUCGAGCCACCCGACGACACCCCGAGCCAUGGCUCUUCGUUGCACGCUUCGGGGCUUUGUAAGCCAUGCGCGUGGUUUUGGAAGGCUGGUUCCUGCCAAAACGGCAAGGAGUGCCUCCAUUGCCAUCUUUGCCCCAAAGACGAGUUGAAGAGUCGGAAAAAGGCGAAGUCGACCAUUAUGCGCUUGGGUUUGACCACUCCAAAGCCAACAGCGGGGGAGGAGCGCGUCUCAUUGGCAUUGAGCCAGUUCUGCUUCACUGAGCAACAGGUGGAGGUCGAGACAUCGGAACAAGGCUCCACCGCUGCGGCGACGGAAUCGGACAACACCACGCCGCGACAGACACAGGCGAAGCCCCUGAGUGCCGGCAGCGUCCUUCACGGCACAGGCGAGUGUCGUCCUUGCGCUUGGUUCUGGAAGCCAAAUGGCUGCCUCAAUGGUGUUGAUUGCCGCCACUGCCACGACUGUCCCCCCGGUGAGGUGAAGUCGCGCAAGAAGGGGAAGCAGGCCAUGCUGCGCCUCGGCUUGGCGACGCCGAAGGCCGGCAGCGAGGCACAUUUCGAAGCCCUGCAUUAAGUGGGCAGAGCAGAUUUUCUGCUGAGGUGCUGUGGUGGCCGGCCCAACUUGCGAUCUACUCGUGGAGAGGCCGAAAAAACACGUGUUUUGCCUUUGAAAAGUAGGCUACCUGCGGCGCAUUGGGGGUCCCUGGCCUGAGCCAAGAGGAAAUGGCACCUGCGGCCAGCCUUGCACACGCCAAGCUGCCUGGAUCCGCAGUCGUCCCCCUCAUUGCGGUGCCGGUGGGCACUUUCAGGGCCUGGGAGCUCGGUCGGAUCCAUCCAGUCA